AUGGCGCCAUUGGAAGGCCGCCAGUUUUUUGAAGCAAACAAAAAUUUGUUUCUUCCGGAGCACACAGACGAUAUUCGUGCACUGCAGACACUUGGGCUUCCUGAGCAUGUUCAGGAUAAUAAUAUAGCUAAGCUAUACCUCGACAACAAAUACCGGCUCACUUUGAGCAACCCCGCUUUCUCCAAUCUCAUGCAAUUCCUUGAAACUAAACAUAAGGAGGGUGGAACGGUUAUGUCGGCCUUGUUGAGCAGUUACUGUACCAUCAUUACAAAGGAUCGUGCUUCUGAUGACCGGUUCAGCUUUGGCGCAAUGCUUGCCAGAGGCAAAGAUUCAGCCGGCGUACCUGCUGAAGACGAAGGGAUUCCAGGUCACCACCCCGGCUCUGCUUAUACUGGUGACAAUCCUGGAAUAGCUGGAGCCCUUCCUCGACUCAAACUAGGACAGUUACCCCCAGAGGCCACAUUAGAAGGAGAUGUUCGUGGGGAGUUAGAGGAGGAAGACUCUAAAGAAGAUCUUGGACCUGGAAAAGUAACCCUUGUCCAGCAUUUUGACCAGAUGAUCAAGAAAGAAGAAGACCUUGAUGCUCCUUCUCGCUCGGAAAUCCCAUACCCUCCUUCGACUGCACGUGAUGUGGCUAUGGAAGUUCAGAAAGUGAAAGAAAAUCGUGACAGGUUUAAGAUCGAAGGGCGAAGUGGAGGUGUUGCUCCUGGAGUUAGUGUCUGCAUGUUUACUUUCCACAAUGCAAACCAAGGAAUUACUUGCAUGGAUUUUUCUGGAGACAACGCUCUUGUAGCUGCCGGUAUGCAAGACUCUUACAUUCGCGUUUGGAGCCUGGAUGGGCUCCCCAUUCCUCCCACAUACCCAGAUUCGGACGAUUCCACCCCAAAAAAUUCUCACAGAUUGUAUGGCCAUUCUGGUCCAGUUUAUGCAGUGUCAUUUGCUCCGUCCAUAGCAAGUCCAGACGAUGCAGAGGUGAAAACCAAUGCUCGUUGGCUUCUUUCAUCAUCCGCGGACCAAACUAUCCGUCUUUGGUCCCUUGAUCUUUGGAGAUGUAUUGUUGUAUACAAAGGCCAUGCUGGCCCCGUCUGGAGCCUGUCAUGGGGGCCAUUCGGGCACUAUUUCGUUUCUGGUGGUCAUGACAAAACUGCAAGGCUCUGGGUUACCAACAAGAUCCGACAGCAACGUAUCUUUGUGGGACACGAUCAAGAUGUUGAUUGCGUAUGCUUCCACCCAAAUUCUGCCUACGUAUUCACAGCGAGCUCUGACCACACCGUUCGCAUGUGGUCUGUAAGCACGGGGAAUGCUGUUCGUAUGUUUACCGGCCACACUGGGAACAUCACUGCCGUAUGCUGCAGCAACGAUGGACGACUUCUUGCUUCUGCUGAUGACCAUGGGACUAUCAUUCUCUGGGAUCUUGCCCCUGGAAAGCUUCUUAAGCGCAUGCGUGGCCACGGAAAGGGUGGUAUCUGGGCUUUAUCUUGGAGUGCCGAAUCCAACGUCCUUGUUUCCGGCGGCGCAGACGGUACAGUCCGUGUUUGGGAUGUCGCAGGGCCCCCUAGUGAAGCUUCCACCGGACAAAGCCGCGUGCUCACAGAGUCGGGAGGUGGAACCAAAAUCGACGCUUCAAAUUCGACGAACGCAGCACCUAAUCAAUCAGCAGCAACAGCAGCAUCUGUGACCGGAGCUCCAAAGUCAGGCACAGCCAAGGGAAGCUCUUCUAAGAAGAAAAAAGGAAAGGAUGCGGUUGUUACUGCCGAUCAGAUCAGCGCAUUCCCAACUAAGAAAACUCCAGUUUUUAAUGUCACGUUCACCAGAAUGAAUCUAGUGAUUGCGGGAGGAGCAUAUACUCCCUGA